AUGGCCGUCAUGGACCACGACGACGAGAAGGCUCAUGUCGAGCACACGGCUGUCUACUCCGGGAAGGCGGACAUCGCUGACUACAAGGCCGAUGCGAUCGAGGCUGAGAAUGCAGAGCAUAACAUGACCGUGUUGGAGGCCGUGAGGGCAUAUCCAAUGGCCUCCUUCUGGGCAUUCAUCAUCUCUUGCACCAUUAUCAUGGAGUCAUACGACGUCUUCCUGAUGAACAACUUCCUCGCGCUCCCUGCAUUCACCAGACGCUACGGCGUGUACGACGAAGGCACCCAAGCGUACGUCGUGGUGACCAAAUGGCAGUCCUCGCUCCAGGUCUCUGGUCAACUCGGUGCCUUGAUCGGCGUCUUCCUUGCUGGUCCGCUCACGAGCCGCAUCGGAUACCGCUGGGCAAACAUUACCGGCCUCAUGCUACUCAACGCCUUCAUCUUCAUCUUCUACUUCGGCGACAGCCUGCCUGUAUACUUCGCCGCCCAAAUCCUUGAGGGUAUCCCGUGGGGUAUCUUCAUCGCCAACGCACCAGCCUACUGCAGUGAGAUUGUGCCUAUUCAGCUGCGUGCGCCAGCCACUCAGAUGCUGCAAAUGUUCUGGGCCAUCGGCAGUAUCAUCGUUGGCGCCGUCACCUACCACUAUCAAACUCUCGACCACUCAGACGCAUACAGGAUCCCGAUCGCGCUGCAGUGGAUGUUCCCCACGCCACUCGCCAUCCUGAUUUUCUUCUCCCCCGAGUCGCCGUGGUGGUUGACACGCAAGGGACGACUUGAAGAUGCCGCCAAAUCCGUUGCACGUCUUGGCCGCAGAUCCGAGGCAAAGGUCACCGAAACCGUUGCCAUGAUGCGUCGUGUCAUUGAGAUGGAAUCAACUACCAAAUCACCGAACCACAUCGAACUUUUCAAGGGUAUCGACUUGCGCCGAACACUCAUCGUCUGUGGUGUGUACGCAGCGCAGAACUUGACAGGUAAUCUUAUCGCCAACCAGGCCGUGUACUUCUUCACACAGGCAAAGGUAUCGACCGACACUGCUUUCGCUCUUGGCUUAAUCACCUCCGCGCUGCAGAUGAUCUUCGUCAUGCUUUCCUGGAUCCUGACAACUUACUUCGGAAGACGAUCCAUCUACCUCUGGGGUUCGGCUGCCAACACCAUUCUCCUGGUCGCUCUGGGUAUUUCUGGUUCCGUUGGUGGUGGCAAGUCCGCUUCGCUAGCACAAGCAUCGUUGGGCCUGAUCGUCUCAGUCCUCUUCACCCUUGGUCCCGCUCCAGCCUCGUGGGUCAUCAUUGGUGAGACAUCUGCCAUUCGUCUCAGGCCGCUCACAACUGGUAUGGGACGUGCGACAUACUACAUUAUCGAGAUUCCUUGCAUCUUCCUGGCCUCAUACAUGCUCAACCCAACCGGUGGAAACCUUGGUGCCAAGUGCGGUUACGUUUGGGGUGCAACCGGCUUGAUCUGCUUGAUCGUCGCAUACUUCCAGCUGCCAGAGAUGAAGAACCGCUCAUACCGUGAGAUCGAUAUUAUGUUCAAGCGCAAGAUUCCAGCAAGACAAUGGAAGAAGACGGAGAUCGACGUCAACGACGACGAGUAG